AUGCCCUCCUGGGCCCUCUUCAUGAUCACCUCCUGCCUCCUUCUGGCCCCCCAAAACCUGGCACAAGUCAUCAGCCAAGAUGUCUCCUUGCCGGCCUCGGACUCAGAGCCCCUGAACUGUUUCUCCCGAACAUUUGAGGAUCUCACUUGCUUCUGGGAUGAGGAAGAGGAAGCACCCAGUGGGACAUACCAGCUGCUGUAUGCCUACCCAGGGGAGAAGCCCCGUGCCUGCUCCCUGAGUUCCCAGAGUGUGCCCCCUCUUGGAAUCCGGUACGUGUGCCAGUUUCCAGUCCAGGAUGAAGUACGCCUCUUCUUUCCACUGCACCUCUGGGUGAAGAACAUGCUCCUGAACAAGACUCAAACCCAGCGAGUGCUCUUUGUGGACAGUGUGGGCCUGCCAGCUCCCCCCAGUAUCAUCAAGGCCACAGGAGGGAGCCAGCCAGGGGAACUUCAGAUCAGCUGGGAGGCCCCAGCUCCUGAAAUCAGUGAUUUCCUGAGGCAUGAACUCCGCUACGGCCCCAAGGAUCCCAAGAACUCCACUGGUCCCACAGUCGUGCAGCUGAUCGCCACAGAAACCUGCUGCCCAGUUCUGCAGAGACCAAACUUGACCCCUGCUCUGGACCAGCCUCCAUGUGCUCAGCCCACAACACCCUCACAGGAUGGACAACAGCAGGUGUCGCUGACUAGAUAAGCUCUGACAGCAAUGGGAGGAAGCUGCCUCAUCUCAGGGCUCCAGCCUGGCAAUUCCUACUGGCUCCAGCUGCGUAGUCAACCUGAUGGAGUCUCCCUCCGUGGCUCCUGGGGAUCCUGGUCCUUCCCUGUGACCGUGGAUCUGCCUGGGGAUGCAGUGGCAAUUGGACUGCAAUGCUUUACCUUGGACCUGAAAAACGUUACCUGUCAGUGGAAGCAACAGGACCAUGCUAGCUCCCAAGGCUUCUUCUACCACAGCAGGGCAUGGUGUUGCCCUAGGGACAGAUACCCCAUCUGGGAGAAAUGUGAAGAGGAAGAGAAGACAAAUCCAGGAUUACAGAUCCCCCAGUUCUCCCGCUGCCACUUCAAGUCACGGAAUGACAGUGUUAUUCACACUCUUGUGGAGGUGACCACAGCUCAGGGUGCUGUUCACAGCUACCUAGGUUCCCCUUUCUGGAUCCACCAGGCUGUGCUCGUCCCCACCCCAAACUUGCACUGGAGGGAGGUCUCCAGUGGGCAGCUGGAAUUGGAGUGGCAGCACUCAUCAUCCUGGGCAGCCCAAGAGACCUGCUAUCAGCUCCGAUACACUGGAGAAGGCCAUCAGGACUGGAAGGUGCUGGAGCCGCCCCUCGGGGCCCGGGGAGGAACCCUGGAACUACGCCCGCGAUCUCGCUACCGUUUACAGCUGCGCGCCAGGCUCAGUGGCCCCACCUACCAAGGCCCCUGGAGCGCCUGGUCCAACCCCGCGAGGGUGGAGACCGCCUCAGACACCGCCUGGAUCUCCUUGGUGACCGCUCUGCUCCUAGUGCUGGGCCUCAGCUCCCUCCUGGGCCUGCUGCUGCUGAGGUGGCAGUUUCCUGCGCACUACAGAAGACUGAGGCAUGCUCUGUGGCCCUCCCUUCCAGACCUGCACCGGGUCCUAGGCCAGUACCUUAGGGAUACUGCAGCUCUGAGUCCACCUAAGGCCGCAGUCUCUGACGCCUAUGAAGAAGUGGAACCCAGCCUCCUUGAAAUCCUACCCAAGUCCUCAGAGAGGACUCCCUUGCCCCUGUGUUCCUCCCAGGUCCAGACAGACUACCGAGGAUUGCAGCCUUCUUGCCUGGGGACCAUGCCCCUGUCUGUAUGCCCACCCAUGGCUGAGCCGGGGUCCUGCUGUACCACCCACAUUGCCAACCAUUCCUACCUACCGCUAAGCUGUUGGCAGCAGCCCUGA